AUGAACCAGCUGCCGUCCUUCCUGCAGCCUGCCGUCCGGAAGCCACGAUAUUCAAUCCGACCAUUUUACACCACGUUGUUGGUGUUUACACUUAUUGCAACCACGAGUUGGUUUCUAACUGGUACUACAAAUGAAAAUGGCCAGUUUGCGCAAUCAGGUACAGAGCUACGUACAGGCCUGUUCAAACGAGAGGGCGAACUAGAGUGCCGCUUGGUUCGUAAUGUCAAAGAUCAGUGUGCAUAUGUCCGCGCCAACUGCCCCGAUCACGAGGAUGGACUACUCUCCUACCUUCAAUUUUACUAUUGCGGGCUGGCCGAUGCCAAACCGGUAGCAUUCACGAUAUUGAUACUCUGGCUUUCACUGCUCUUUAGUACCAUAGGGAUCGCGGCAAGCGAUUUCCUGUGUAUUGAUCUGAGUACAUUGGCUAGCAUUUUAGGAUUGAGCGAGAGUCUCACAGGCGUGACAUUCCUUGCAUUUGGCAAUGGAAGCCCUGACGUUUUUUCCACUUUUGCUGCCAUGCGGUCGAAUAGUGGGAGCUUGGCGAUUGGAGAGUUGAUCGGUGCGGCGACUUUUAUCACCUCCGUUGUCGCCGGCUCCAUGGCAUUAGUUCGGCCAUUCAAGGUCGCACGAAGGAGUUUUGUUCGAGAUGUGGGCUACUUCAUAGUGGCCGUUAUUUUCAGCAUGUUUAUGCUGGCUGAUGGGAAACUUCACGUGUGGGAGUCAGCUGCGAUGGUAGGCUUGUAUGUUUUCUAUGUCGUGAUGGUGGUGACCUGGCACUGGUAUCUGGUACGACAACGCCGAAAGAAUGAGAGAGAUCUCGCAGCGCGAGCUCACUUUCAUAUACCGGAGAACCAAGAGCUGGAGAUCGAAGAGGCCGCCGAGGACGAUGAUCCCGGUGUAGCGUCAGAGUCACGAAGUCUUUUCCGUGGAGCCUCGACUGAGGAUUUUGAUCUUUUGGAACGCGCCGAUGCUGUUCCUCUGUGGAAAGAAGAGGACGACGAGGACGACGAAACACGCAACCGGUACUUGGCCGAGAUUCGUGAUAACAUGCACGUCUAUCGGCCUGUGAACUCGAGACGUAAUACGAUAAACCCCAUUCGAGCGAGUCUUGUCGGCGCAUUGGAGUUUCAAUCUGUUCUUCACUCGCUGCAGAAAUCAAGAAACACCCGCGGGAAUCCGACAAUAAGCCUGAACAGCUAUUCAGACGACGGCGAGGCUGAUUUCGACACGCGCUCGGUGGCCUCGCAUCCUCGCGCCAGUCGACCAUCUGCUAGUUCCGACCGCCUGUCGCCGUCCAGUGCAGCUGGUUCCUCUCGGGUUCGCGCUGUGUCGGCAAAUGAUGCCUUGGGAUUGAAAUUCGACUCCAGUGUUUUGGAGCCCCGGCCAACACAAGGUCCACUGCUUACAGUGAGUAAACCUUCUUUUGAGGAUACUUCAGGGCAAGAAGCCAUGCACUCACGCCAGCUCCCUCGAAUUGAUACUGGGAUGCCGCUGGAUGUGUCUUCUGCGAACCGGUCGCCGAGUCUGAGCCCAGGUACCACAACACCUCGGACUCCCGACCGGCUCGCUCCGUCAGACGCGUUUAACUCGCCCAAUUACCACAGCGGAACGAUACAUGACCGGUCCCCGAUGUCAGUAUCUCCUAGAGGCACUCCAGCCCGCCCUCAUUCAGGCUUCGGGGUAGAAAGCCCAUCAAUGCCCUUCCCAUCGUAUACUGAUUUGCCCUCCAUGGCACCCUCACGACCACCCAGCAUUCGACUUCCAAAUCCAGCCGGUCAGUUAGAACGAUUACAAGUCCACGACGGGUAUGAUGAUUUCGCUCAUGUAGGCCUCCCUUUCCGCAAAUACCUAAGGAAUUGGUGGCCUGACUCGAUCCCUCCUCCCCAGCAGAUUGGUUGCACACUCUUCCCGACCUUGGCAGGCUGGAAGUCUAAGAAUAUUUGGGAGCGAUUGCUUGGGAUUAUCGCAGCUCCUAGUGUGUUGCUUCUUACCAUAACGAUCCCAGUCGUCGAGCCUGAGGCACCAGAGCCUGUGGAACCGGACCCCAUACCCUCGGUCAUCAUUCAGGAUGUUGGCGAUGGAGAGAGCCCUUCCCCAAGGGUAAGACUUCCAGCCGAUAGUCCAGUGCUUGUAGCUCAGGCACAUGACCAUGCCGGGCUACCUUCUGAUGUGCCGCCAACGCACCCCCAUCGAAAAUCCUCGUAUGAACACACUGGUCGCCCGCGAUGGGACUCAGAACUCCCGGCAGUGCCAGUGCCAGGUUCACCUCCUGUGUAUCCUGUGCCAACAAAGGACUGGAAUCGCUGGCUGGUUUCCAUCCAACUUUUCACAGGCCCCUUCUUCGCCGUGCUCAUCGCCUGGACCACCGUGGACGAAGACCGUCAGCUGCGCAACCUCGUCUUUCCCUCCCUCGUCUCCCUCUUAUUCUCAUCUGUCUCUCUCACAGCUCUAAUAAUAAGCACGCGUCGUCAACGAAAUCACCGACGUCCUAGCGCAGAAUUUUCUAUUCCGCUCCUCCCCCACGAAUCCCGACCCCAAAUCGACAUCCUCCCACCACAAUGGCGGCCCUUCCUCUCCCUGCUUGGCUUCUUAGUCGCCAUAUCCUGGAUCGCCACAAUUGCCACAGAAGUUGUGGCCCUACUCAAGACCAUCGGCGUCAUCCUCAACAUCUCCGAUUCCCUACUCGGAUUGACUAUCUUCGCCGUCGGGAACUCGCUAGGCGAUCUAGUCGCUGACAUCACAGUUGCCCGACUCGGGUAUCCGGUCAUGGCUCUGAGUGCCUGCUUCGGUGGUCCCAUGCUCAAUAUCCUCCUUGGUAUCGGGCUUGGUGGUCUCUACAUGACCCUCAACAGUGGAAACCAGAGACACAAUGAGGCACUGCAAGGAGUCCGCCCUGUGCAAGUCCCAUAUGACAUCGCCAUCUCUAAGGUGCUUGUUAUAAGUGGCGCGACCCUUCUUUUUAUCUUGGUUGGGCUUUUGAUUAUUGUUCCUAUGAACAACUGGAGAAUGGAUCGCAGGAUUGGGUGGGGUCUUGUCGCUGUUUGGUGUGUGAGUACCCUGGGGAAUGUGAUUGCGGAAGUUAUCUUGUGA